GUCAAAGGCCCAUCUUAUAAUCGUUCAUCCCUUCUAACUUUCCAAGCCUUCUUAGUACGAAGGCCGUAGAAAGUAAAGUGUCAGGUCGUAGAGAGCCAGAAACGCAGAACUCGAACGCAAUUCGAUAGGAAAAUUCCGAGUGCCGGUAGAGACACCGCCGCCACCGCCAGAUACCACCGCCAGACGCCGCCUAACCUCCAGGAAAGGCGAAAGGCGAUGAGUCUAAUUGCAGGUUCCUACGAGCGGUUCAUAUGGGGAUUCAAACUGAAGCAUCUGAAAGACAGUCAAAGCCUUGACCUAAUUCCUCUCUUUUCCUUCCCUUCCCACCUCUCAACUAUCAAAUGUGCCGAUGUUUGUGGUUCCGCUGCGGUUUCAGGCGGAUCCGAUGACACCAUUAAGAUCUAUGACCUCUCUACCUGCUCUGAGAUUGGAUCCCUCCACCAUUCCUCCACCAUUAACUCCCUUGCAUUUGUUACACCCCCUCCUCUCUCAUUCCCUCGCAAUCUCAUCUCCGCGGCAGAUGACGGUACUGUCUCCAUUUAUGACGCUGAUCCCUUUGUUCACCUUAAAACUCUCAAAGUCCACAGGAAAGGCAUCAAUUCCAUUUCUAUCCACCCUUCUGGUCGGUUAGGGUUGUCAGUGGGCCGAGAUGAGUGCUUGGCAAUGAUUAAUUUGGUGAGAGGGAGGAGGAGUUUCUACUGCAGGUUGGGCAAAGAGGCCUCAAUUGUGAAAUUUAGCGAAACUGGAGAAACAUUCUACAUGGUUAUGGAUAAAAAAGUCUCAGUACAUGAAUCUGAGGAUGCUAGAAUAGCCAUGGAGUUUGAUAAUGCCAAACAAGUUCUCUGUGCUACCCCAGGAAAGGGGGGCAUACUAUUUACUGGUGGGGAGGACCAGAACAUUACUGCAUGGGACACAAAAAGUGGAAAGGUUGCAUACAGCAUCAUCAAGGCACAUUCAGCCCGAAUUAAAGGCAUUGUUGUGCUCUCCCACAAUGACAAUUCCUCUGCUGAGGCUGAUCCGUAUUUAGUAGCAUCUGCAUCAUCGGAUGGCAACAUACGUGUUUGGGAUAUUCGCAAUUCAAGCAAGGAGGAAUCUGGUCCAUUGGCUGAGGCCAAUACGAAAUCCAGACUGACUUGUCUUGCUGGAUCGUCCAUCAAAUCUGUACGAAGACCUCAGGUGGGAAAUUCUCCUUCAAAUGAACGGCGGGAAGAAGCAGAGUGAUCUUCUCUUUGAGGUUUUUUUUAAAAAAAAUCUUGAAAAUGGGAUACGUUUUUUGCCGCCAUUAGAAAGCUUUUCUUGUAGCGAUUAGCUUUUUGUAUGCUUGUGGCCUUCUCUGAUGAAUGAGACUUGAAUGCUUUUAUUGAACUGGACUGAGGAGCUUGAGCUGUUAACCGUAAUUUUUGAGCUUUUCUCCAUUUUAACGAAUCAAAUGAAAAUAUUAUUUGGUUAUGACGUUUGCAUACAUGUUUAAAUCUGGAUUUUGCUUGUUGUACCGACUUAGGGGUUGUUUGUUUCAGCCUCUUAAUGGUUCAGAUGUCUGAAUGAUUCAGCACUUAAUGGUUCAGACUGUUUGUUUCAGCCUCUUAAUGGUUCAGAUGUCUGAAUGGUUAAGAAAUUUGCCUUUGAAUGGUUAAGUAUUAUACAGAGUCUGAAUGGUUAAGAGCUCUUAUCUGAAUUGAUCAGACAUUUGCCUCUGAAUAGUUAAACAAUAUACUAGCUCUUAAUGGUUCAGACCUCUUACUGGUUCAGCACUUAAUGGUUC